UGAAAGAGAAUACCCCUGCUGUCACUUUCAAAGCAUUGACUCACACAAUACAUAAGAUCUCUUGCGAGAUAUCGUGCAAAUGCACUCGAGGAGGAGAAGGGGAUAAUACGAUGUCGACACUGAUCAAGACGCUGUCAAGCUACUCCUGGGAUGCGAAGGUGGUUCUGGUCAUGGCUGCCUUUGCCGUCACCUACGGUGAGUUCUUCUUAUUGCUGGAAGGGGUGGGGGCGAACAAAUCAAAGCCACUGGAGACGCUGAGAAGCGUCAUCAAGGCCAUGGUCAACCUGAUCGACUGCAUCGUCAAUUUCAGCAAGCUCCCAAACCAGGAGUCCCUCGACCAAUCGGUUGUCGAAACUACUGUUUACUGGAUCAUCAGGAGCGCCGUCGCCUGUGUGCCACAGUUCUUCGGCUUCCUCGGCAUGGGUUACGAGUAUACUCUAUCGAGAAUUGAGAACGAGGAGUUGUUCAAGUUAUUGAAGAAUCUCAAUGUUAGUCAUCGCCACCUUAAAGAGGAACUUGAUCGUUACCAACAGUCCAUUGAUAAGAUGAAAUUAUCCGCAGAAUAUGAAGCGCUUGUGCAACUCUUCGCAACAACCCACAUUCACAACAUAGAGAUUCUCAAUGCCUUGAUCAAGACCAAAGAUGGUCUACCGCCGCUCUUCCAAAUCUCCACCCAGCAACGGGAUUUUACUCUCUCUCGCUCUCUCUCUCUCUCUCUCUCAACUGAUCAGUUCCUACCACAUUUGGCUACUUCUACUAUUAGAAUUAAAAUAUAG